CACUUGCGUUGUGCAGCUGGGGUGGCCUUGAGUGUGCUCAACAUCGCUCCAAAGGCUUCGUCUCUCUCACCACAUUUUCCAUCCAUUGAAUUUCCCAAAAGGCCAUCGACUCAUCAAUGGAUAUCUCUCUCUCUCCCCCCUAAUCCACUACGCCUUUCUCUCUCCUAAUGCACUACGCUCCAAAAACUUUUCGCCUUAUAUAUAGCACACCCUGUACUUCUCUAGUUCUUGCACUCAUUCCUCCGUCCAGCAUUACUACCACCUCUGAUACUACUACUGCAAGGUCCUAGAUUUACACUUGGUGUCUAUUUCUAGCACUGUUAGUUGCUACUGGUAGUGGUAAUCUAUUGGCUGGGACAGGUGAUUAGUGGGUAGCCAAGCAAGAGGGGGAUCGAUCCAUCCAUCACGCCAUGCCGACCCCGUCGCACCUCAAGAACCCGCUCUACUUCGACUUCCGGGCCGCGCGGCGCGUGCCGGAGUCGCACGCUUGGCCGGGGCUGCACGACCACCCCGUGGUGGACGGCGGCGCGCCGGGCCCGGACGCCGUGCCGGUGGUGGACAUGCGCGACCCGGACGCGGUGGGCCGGGUGGCGCGCGCCGCCGAGCAAUGGGGCGCGUUUCUGCUGUCCGGACACGGCGUGCCGGCGGAGCUCCUGGCCCGCGUGGAGGAGCGGAUCGCGCGCAUGUUCGCGCUGCCGGCCACUGACAAGAUGGGCGCCAUGCGCGGGCCCGGUGACGCCUGCGGCUACGGCUCGCCGCCCAUAUCGUCCUUCUUCUCCAAGUUCAUGUGGUCCGAGGGUUACACCUUCUCCCCGACCUCCCUCCGCGCCGACCUCCGCAAGCUCUGGCCCAAGGCCGGCGACGACUACACCAACUUCUGUGACGUGAUGGAGGAGUUCCACAAGGAGAUGCGCGCCCUCGCGGACAAGCUGCUGGAGCUAUUCCUCAAGGCGCUGGGGCUCAGCGACGAGCAGGUCGGCGCCGUCGAGGCGGAGCGGAGGAUCGGCGAGACGAUGACCGCCACGAUGCACCUCAACUGGUAUCCGAGGUGCCCGGACCCGCGGCGCGCGCUGGGGCUGAUCGCGCACACGGACUCGGGCUUCUUCACCUUCGUGCUGCAGAGCCUCGUGCCGGGGCUGCAGCUGUUCCGGCACGGCCCGGACCGGUGGGUGGAGGUGCCGGCCGUGCCUGCCGCCUUCAUCGUCAACGUCGGCGACCUCUUCCACAUCCUCACCAACGGCCGCUUCCACAGCGUGUACCACCGCGCCGUCGUUAACCGGGACCUCGACCGGAUAUCGCUCGGCUACUUCAUCGGCCCGCCGCCCCACGCCAAGGUGGCGCCGCUGCGGGAGGCCGUGCCGCCGGGCCGGAAGCCAGCGUACCGCGCCGUCACGUGGCCCGAGUACAUGGGCGUGCGCAAGAAGGCCUUCACCACCGGCGCCUCCGCGCUCAAGAUGGUCGCCGCGGCCGAAGCCGACGACGCUGACGUCCAUCAUCUCGUCUCGUAGCCGUAGAUCCAUCACCAGAGAGAGAUGCAAAUAUAGAAGCAAUAUCGACCGGAGCAAUACUAAACAAGCCUGAAACGGCAUCCAUUCUUCCGCGUGCAUGUGCAUGCAACUCGUGCGUGUGCGUGCAGCAGGCUUCUGCCGCUGCAAGAAGGAAGAACAGCUGCUCUGCUCGAUGUAGAAAAAAAAUGAGAUGAGAAGAUCAAGAAGGAAAGAAAUGGAAAAGGACAUACUGGUGUUGUUUCUUCCAGUUGCAGCCUGCUCCAAAUCAAGUGGUUGUUUUGUUGAUAUCAGUUUUUUUUAGUUUUUUUAGAUCAGGCCCCCGUACGGCCCUACCCGAUGUUGUUUGGAUACUUUUACAGGGUGUGCCGGACACGGGGUCGAAUCCCACCGGCUCACUCCACCCAUGGAGGUGUUGCCACUGGGCUUUUGUUGAUAUCAGUUUGUCGUUACUGACGAUUAUUAGUAGAUUAACUAGUCCGAAUCAAUGCAUGUAGUUUGGCAUUUGGCGUAAAGGUUCCUAGCCAGGCUGAUCAA